AUGUUGUGGAGUGGAGUUGGUAUUGAAGAUUCGUAUAAGAAUGAACAAUUAUGGGUCAUUCGUGGUACAUCAACUCAUCUAUUUGCUGUCUUCCAAGGGCUUUUGAAAGUGCUUGCAUGUAUUUAUACCAACUCCACUGUCACUUCAAAAGCAUACGAUGAAGAUAGGGAUUUUGCAGAGCUUUCUGUGUUCAAAUGGACAUAUCUUCUCGUCCCUCCAACCACAUUUAUUUUGCUAAAGAAAAUGUGUAUUGUGGCUGGUGUGUCUGAUGCCGUAUACAGUGGGUACCUAUCAAGAGGUGCAUUAUUGGGCAACCUGUUCUUUGUAAUCUGGGUCAUUGCCCAUUUGUAUCCUUUCCUCAAGGGUUUGUUGGGUUCGCAAAGUCUUAUGCCAACAAUUGUCAUCGUCUGGUCUAUUCUCCUUGCUUCCAUUUCCUCUUUGCUAUGGUUGGGCAUGGACCCUUUCAUGCCGGCACGUUGA